UUCCACUAACUUUAUUAAAGCUGAUUCUGAUUCUGCUCAAGAUGUUGGGUUUAGUUUGCUGUGGAGUGUUACUGGCAUUUGUUGGCAGAGGCAGGCUUCCUGUCAUCUGGGGGCAGGGUUCGUAACAACUGUGCUAUCAGACUGUGAACAAGGUCAGUGCAAGAGGCAGCGGCUCAGCAACCGAACACAAGAAGUCUCUGCUGGAAAGGUGUGUGUGAUGUGACAGACAUGGCCAGUUCUGGUGAAAAGAGUGGAAUCCAGCCUCAAUUCAUCAGGGGUUCCAGUAAUGUAUGCACCAAUAGAACCAUGACCAUUCGCCUUCGGGACAUUUACGAUCCCAAGCCACCCCCUCCCAAAGCCCCGGUCCGGAUACGCCCUCCAAGUCCAAGAACUCCAUCAGUAAAGGAACUCAAUUUAAAGCACAGCUUUCCCAGUGAUCCUCCAACCAAGACAAUCAUGAGGAAACGAGCUCAGUCUCUUCCUUCGUCUGCAGAGAGGAAAAGGGAACUUCGGAGUCUGCAGGUACGCUUUGUGGACUCAUUGGGCCUAGAGUUAGAGGAUGUUAAGGUCUUCAAAGCUCAAGAGCACCCCCUGAUACCUCAGCAUGUUAUGUUUAGACUACUGAUGAGCUCUGAACUGGCGUUCAGGAAGUCUUUGGAGCUGUCCCUGCCUUACUUCAAACCCUGUUUCCCUGAAAACAUGGGGGCUCAAACGGACUUCAUGAAGCGUCUCUGCGCUCAGAGCGUGUGUCUGGAGCAGGUCCUGUGUUCAGAGCAGGGGAUAACAGGCACUACACAAGUACUAAAUUUAGCUUAUGAGAAAGACGUCACAGUGCAUUACUCGUUCACAAACUGGAAGACACACACGGAAACAACAGCAUCCUGGGUGUCCAGUGGGAACCGUGGGGAGUGUGAAGCACCAGAAACAGAUAUCUUCAGAUUUCGUCUGCCCGUCCCCCCCUUCAUUCUGCAGCCAGGAGCCAUUUUAGAAUUUGCCAUCUGCUACCAUGUAAAAGGAUGUAAUUAUUGGGACAACAACAAUGGAAAUAAUUACAAACUGUCAUGUCACAGUUACAAGGUGACAGUGCCCAGGGAGUGCGAGGACAGCAUGCUGCAUUUUACCUGAGUGUCCACACGAGGGAGCUGUAACCCCUGCACACAAACAUGGCUGACCAGAAAGCAACAUUUAUUUGACUUUAAAGGUCAAUGUAAUUUUAUAUAUAUA